AUGAAGUACGAUGUCCACGUCGUUGAGAAGAAGGUCGUCGAAGACGAGGAAAGACAGAGCAAUACCACGUUGACACGUGGAGCCGGAGGAGGGCCACGUCCGGUGCAUGAGGUUGCGAAGGAGAUUGAGAAUCAAUUUGUGAAAGCUGCAGAGUCAGGAAGUGAGAUCGCCAAGCUACUUGAAGACGGGAAGCAACCUUAUGGUCGCAAACAUGGUAAGUUAUCAAAUCAUCGCUGCUUAGUAAAAUUCUCAGCUUUCUUCAACUGA